CUCGGCCCUGGGAGAGGCCCGGCGUGCGCAGCCCCCCACGCCGGGAGAGGGAUGCGGUGCGUCCUGAGAGCCCGGUAGCGUGGGAUCGCGGCGCUGCGGACGCGGCGAUGGAUGAGCCGUGGUGGGAUGGGCGCGUCGCCUCGGAUGUCCACUGCACCCUGCGCGAAAAGGAACUAAAGUUGCCCACCUUCCGCGCCCACUCCCCGCUCCUCAAGAGCCGCCGGUUCCUUGUGGACAUCCUGAGCCUGCUGAGCAGCCACUGUCAGCUUUGUCCCACGGCCCGGCAUCUGGCCGUCUACCUGCUGGACCACUUCCUGGACCGCUACAGCAUCAGCACCUCCAAGCAGCUGUACACGGUGGCUGUCUCCUGCCUCCUGCUUGCAAGUAAGUUCGAGGACCGGGAGGACCGCGUGCCCAAGUUGGAGCAGAUCAACAGCAUGCGGGUCCCGAGCUGCCACAGCUUCACCCUCACCAGGCAGGAGCUGCUGAGCACGGAGCUGCUGCUGCUGCAGGCCUUCCACUGGGACCUCAGCCUGCCCACGCCCGCCCACUUCCUCGACUACUACCUCUUGGCCUCUGUCAGCCAGAAGGACCACCACUGCCACAGCUGGCCCACGGCCUGUCCCCGCAAGACCAAAGAGUGCCUCACGGAGUACGCGCACUACUUCCUCGAGGUCACCCUGCAAGACCAUGUUUUCUACAAAUUCCAGCCUUCUGUGGUUGCUGCAGCCUGUGUUGGCGCUGCUAGGAUUUGCCUUCAGCUUUUCCCCUACUGGACCAGAGACCUUCAGAGGAUCUCAAGCUACUCCCUAGAACAUCUCAGCACGUGUCUUGAAAUCCUGCUUGUAGCCUAUGACAACAUCCUCAAGGACGCCGUCACUGCCAAGAGCCAGGCCCUGGCACUGGUGCCCGGCACCCCCACCACCCACUCGCCGGUGCUACCGCAGGCACCCGUGGCCUUCACUGCCACCAGCCAGCACACCCCCUCGGGCUUGCAGCCCCCGCAGGCCUCCGGGCAGGACCUGUGCUUAGCCUACUGGGAUGCGCUGCAGGCCCACCGCUCAGGGAGCCUGUGCUCGGGGGGCAGCGGCUCAUCCCUCAGCACCCCGUACCCCUCCCUCCAGCCUCUGGACGCAGGUUCCGUCCCCCUGCCCCCAUCCCUGCGCCUGCAGAUGGCCAUGGCCACGGAGGCCAGGCACUGCCUCGCCAACCCCUACGGAAGCCGCCACUUCAGUGGGAGCCACCCAUUCCCCGCAGGCUGUUUUGACAAGUAA